GUGACAAACUUGGCAUCACAAUCAAAACAUCCCAACGUUGAUUUUUAUGACUUUGACUAAAAUAUUUUUUGAUUUUGAGCACUCUUCUUAUAAACAAAAUUCACAACUUUCUCUUUCUUUGUCACAUUCUUCCCUUCUUGUUACAAUCUUGUAUCUUUCCUAAUUUCCAGCUAUCGAACCAUGGAAUUCGUUCUUGAGCCUGUCGUCUCCGUACUCCUUAACGGGUUGAGUAAGAUAUUGAGCUCCAAUAAAGUGCGGGACUUUGCCCGGCAGUUUGUUGGAGGGGUGGAUUCAGAGAUCAAAGAGCUGGAGAAGAAGUUGAAACACAUUAGAAAUCUUCUUCGCGAAGCGGAAGACUUGCAACUCUCAGAUGAAAGCGUUAAGAACUGGCUUGACAAUCUUCAACACUGGGCUUUUGAUGCUGAGGACGUACUGGAUGAGUUUGCCUACGAAGCUUUGCGACACAAACUGAAGGCACAACACCAGGCUAGCUCUAGCAAAGGAUUUAGCGCUGUCCAGAUGGGAUCCAAGAUCAAAGAAAUCAAUAGCCAGUUGGAACAACUUUGUGGGCAAGGAUCAGAAGAACGUGAGUUCCCGGAGCUUUUUAGACUGCCACCAACUAGCGUCUCUGCGCCGCAAAAACCAGAGGAAACUUCAGGCGUCCCACCUGAACAAAAGGUUUAUGGCAGAAAUGAAGAUGAAGCCGAACUAUUGAAAUUGGUGAAAAGCGGUGCCAACUUUCAAGUAAUAGCAGUUGUUGGCAUGGGAGGGAUCGGCAAAACAACAAUUGCUCGAGAAGUGUACAAUCACAAGGAGUUGGAAGAUAUCAAGUUUGACAAAAAAGCGUGGCUGUGUGUUUCAACCACAACCACCUUUGACGUUCUCACAAUCUCAAAGAAACUUCUUGAGAAAUUUUCGUCCCCCGCUCCAGAUAAUUUAAACGAUGUCCAAGAUCAGCUGAAAGAGGCAGUAAGUGGAAAAAAAUUCUUGAUAGUAUUAGACGAUAUAUGGAAGGUGGAAUACAUCGAAUGGGAAAAGCUUAAGUCUCCUUUUGCAGCUGGUGCACUUGGAAGCACGAUGAUCGUGACAACACGCCAUGAACAUGUUGCACAAGAAAUAAGAUGCAAUCAUACUUAUCCAUUAAGUCUUUUAUCCGGCGGAGACUGUAAAUCCUUGUUUGAGGAGCAUGCGUUUGGGCCUAAUGCAGCUGCUAAUGCUGAUCAAAUUUCCAAUUCAAUUUAUGAAAGAGUUCUUAAUAGGUGCAAAGGCCUACCACUGGCAGCAAAGACCCUCGGUUGUCUUCUACGCUUUAAGCGGAGCGAUAUCUGGGAGAAAAUAUUAGAUAGCAAAAUAUGGAGUACAAAUAAUGACAGUGAUGGCAUUCUCCCAGCAUUAAAGCUAAGCUAUCUUUAUCUUCCUUCGGAUCUAAAAAGAUGUUUUGGCUAUUGCGCAAUUUUUCCUCAGGAUUACGAAUUUGAGGAGAAGGAACUUGCACUUUUAUGGAUUGCGGAGGGUAUUGUUCAACCAUCUGAGGCAAGUGAGUGUUUUCUUAAAUUAUGUUUAUGGUCGCUUUUCCAACAAUCGAGCAGUCAUAGUUCUAAAUAUGUUAUGCAUGAUCUUGUUCAUGACCUUGCUCAAUGGGUUUUUAAAGGAAUCGCUUUUAGAUUUGGGCAAGAUAUUGUUGAGCUUCCAGAAAAUUUCGAAAAGGUUCGUCAUGUUACUUAUGAACCUGAUCGUUAUACUAGAAAAAAUAAAUUUGAACCCUUGGAAAAAGCAAAAAGUCUAAGAACAUUUUUGCCUGUGAAGCCUAAGUCAAACUGUUAUAUAAGUGCUACUGUUAUUUUUUAUUUAUUACCAAAGUUUAAAAUGUUGAGAGCACUAUCUUUUGAAGGGUAUCAAAUCUUUCAUUUACCUGACUCAAUUGGAGAUAUGAUACAUCUAAGGUAUCUCAAUUUCUCUAGUACUAAAAUAAGAAGUUUGCCUGAGUCAACGUGCCAAUUAUUUUACUUGCAAGCUUUGUUAUUGAAAGAUUGUUCUGAUCUCACGAAGUUACCUUCUAACAUGAAAUAUUUGACCAAUCUAUGUCAUCUUGAUAUAAGUGGUCGAAAUUCAUUGAAAGAGUUGCCACUUGGAAUGAAAGAGUUGAAAAAUCUUCAAGUGUUGUCUAAUUUUAUUGUGGGAGAGGAUAAACAUUCUUAUUUGGAAGAUUUGAGGAGCUUAAGUUUUCUUCAAGGAGAGCUUCACAUUUCAGGAUUACAGAAUGUGACAGGUUCAAAUCAAAUACCAGGGCAAAUAUUAAGCAAUAUGAGCGAACUAAAAGUGUUGUUACUAAAAUGGGGACAUCAAGUAAACUCACAGGCAACAGAUGUAGAAAUGAAUCUACUUGACAAGCUAAAACCUCCUAUCAGUUUAAAAGAACUCACAAUCAGAGGCUAUGGUGGUGAAAGUUUUCCAUCUUGGUUAGGAGAUUGGUCAUGGCUCUCUAAUUUGGUGGUUCUUAAAUUAGAAGAAUGUAAGAGGUGCACGUCUUUGCCUUCACUUGAAAUGUUCAGCUCACUUGAAGACUUAACCAUUAAAAAGAUGGCAAGUCUAAAAAGAAUAGAUUUUCAAACACCUUUCAAGUCAUUAAAAUUUCUUCAUUUUGAGGAUUUGGAAGAAUGGGAGCAUUGGGACGACUGGAGAGGAAAUGAAGAUACUGAAAUUUAUCCUAAGCUGCGUGUGCUUUCUAUUGUAAGAUGUCCCCAACUUAUUGGAAAAGUACCUAAUCGUCUUUCUUUAUUAGAAAGAUUUGUUAUUAAGGAUUGUCCAAAGUUGGUGGUCUCAUUCUCAAAUUAUCCCAUUCAUUGCAAAUUAGAAAUUGAUGGUUGUGAAGGAACGGUGUGUAAUGAUGGUUCAAUUGAUUUUGAGAAUUUGGAUUCUAAAUAUCUUGCAAAUAUUUUGACAGUUGAAGAUAAAUUAAAGAAAGGUUCUCAAAGAGUAUAUCGUUUGAGGAUUGCUCAUAAUGAAGAGAUUCUGAAAUCAUGGCAAAGUUUGAAAAACGCCAAUUUUCUUUCCAAUAUAAAUUCUCUUGAGAUUAGUGAGUGCCAGAAUCUAAGAUCUAUUGGAAGGGGCAUGCUACCAUCAUCUCUGGAAGAAUUUCAUAUUAAUUCCUGUCAGAGUCUAACAUCCAUUGAUAGCGAUGUCUUACCUUUAUCUCUAAAAAGGCUUACGAUUGGAAGCUGUAGAGAACUAAAAUUUUUGAAGGAUUUAAGUGUUUGUUCUCGUAUUGAGUCCAUAAAGGUUGUUUACUGUGACUCGCUCAAGUGCAUAUCAUUAGAUGGUCCGUUCCCUGAGGCACUUACAUCCAUCGAAAUCAGGGCUUGUGAAGAGCUAAAAUCAAUUGCUGAGUCUUUUGAUAAUAGCACGUGUCUUCGAGAAAUAUGUUUACUUGCUUGUAGAAAUCUUGAAUCCUUGCCUUUAGGUCUACAACAUCUUUCUUGCCUUGAGUCUAUUACAAUAGUUCUAUGUCCAAAAUUGUCGGUGAGAGAAGGUGUUCCCGCCAGCCUUAGACAACUCUUAAUUAAUGAAUGUGAAGAUGACAAGGGAAUGGGAAUGCUCGCCUCUCUAAAAGAGUUGGACAUCGGCAGCCUCCCACAACUUAAAUCAAUCUCAGACCUCACCAAUCUCACCUCUCUAGAAUGCUUGCAUAUCUGGGAACUCCCUCAGCUUGAACUAAUUCCAAAUCUCAGCGGCCUCACCUCUCUUGGCUUGUUGACGAUCGCUGAUCUCCCACAGCUUGAAUCAAUCUCAGAUCUGAGCAACCUCACCUCUCUUCAACAGUUGGAGAUCGAUGGUCUCCCACAGCUUGAAUCAAUCCAAGAUCUGAGCAACCUCACCUCUCUUGAAGGUUUACAAAUUUCCGGAUGCCCAAGGAUCAAAUCAAUUCCAAGUCUCAGCGGCCUCACCUCUCUUGAGAGUUUGACAAUCUAUGAUCUCCCACAGCUUGAAUCAAUCCAAGAUCUGAGCAACCUCACCUAUCUUGAAGAUUUACAAAUUUCCGAAUGCCCAAAACUCAGAUCCCUGCAAACCCUGCUAUCCUCACUUCAGUCUUUACAAAUUACAGAUUGUCCACUGCUUAUAAAACGAUGGAAAAGGGUUACGGGAAAAUAUUCCUCAAAGAUUGCUCAAAUUCCUAAAGUUGUAAUAGAUGGCAAAUUCAUCUACAAUUCAAAGGAGUACGAAGUUGAUCAUCGGAGCUUCUUUUUCUAAUUUUCCUGAUGGCACAGAUACGUCUAAUUCCAUCAAAGCUGAUGAUCAACAAGAAUCUCUCAAUGGUGGUUUGUCCAGGACUGCUAUGCUUAGAUUCAAUGUUGCAGAAAUCAUCGGAAAGGCUUAAAAUGAUCCCAAAUCAUUUCUGUUCUGCACAUCUAAUUACACAUUUUCUACCUUACUCUUGGGUUUAUAUAUGGAGUCUUCCAAUUGAUGAGAGCAAAACCAAGUAAUGGAUUUCUAUAUAUCUUGCUGAAGCAGAGUAACUGGAAUGUGUGGAGGCAAGUGUUGAGUUAUCUUCAUUCUCAAAUUGAACAAUUGAUUUAAAACUUGAUCUCCUUCCGUUUUAGAUUGUUUAAUUAGAACAAAAUUUUGAGUUGCCAACAAGAUUCUUCGAUUGGAGUUUUAUAAGCAAGAAGCAAGUAAAUAAUUGAAGGUGGUUCCUCUGUUCCAAAACUUCUCUACUUUGUCAUCUCAUGGAUUGUCUCAACUCUUGUGGUUCCAAGGUAAUCAAAAGUAAGCAAUACCUACAAUUUUUGAUAAAAUCAUAAGCUAAAGAUCCUUGCUACUUUCUCUUCCAAAUCUGGGUUCUACUAUUUUCCUUCUGAUUCAUUUUUCUUCAGGUGCCACUGUCUGCAACUUAAUACAAGAACUGUUAGAACCUAAAUCCUGGCAUGUCUAAGUUUUCCAGAUCUGAACUUCUUGGUGUGUCUGCUUGCUGAAAUUACAAUACUGAGAUUGUAUCUUCUAGCUGUUGCAACGGUUAAUCAAACAGCAUUUUUUCUGUUUGUGUGAUUCCCACACUUAAAUUAAUAUUGCAGAAAUUGUUGGGGGGCUUAGAGUUUUCCUUCUCCAACUUCAUUCCACCAAAUGGUGAGAAAAAUUAAGGGAUAAACCUCUAUAUAUUCUGGUAAAGCAGUACAACUAGUCAGUGUUCAUCAAAGAAGUGAAUACUGAAAGAAUUUUGAGAUGAAAUCCACACAACUUCAAGAGAGUUACGUGUGACCUUGGAUGAAAGACAUGAAUUAGAAGUUUAGCUUAUGAUAUUUGUACAGUAACUUUUGAGCAAUAAGUUCUAUGGCGAAUUACAUCUCACAAACUUUGGAGAUUAAGAGGUGUUUUGUGGAUAUAAUUUACUACAAAAAGGCAUGUUAGAUUUGAUAAUUUCCUGUCCUUACCAAAUCAACUAAACAGUCUCUCAUCCUUUAGAAAAGGGAAGAUAGGGCAAGAAAUCUCUUGAAGCAAAUGGAUGAAAUUAAAAAAAAUUUACAGCGCUUCAGAAAUUUGUGAUUUGGUUGUAGGGUUUAAAAGUUAAGUAUACUAACAGCAACACGACUACAGAAAUGGAGAAGCAAUGAGGAGUUUUGAAGAACAAACCACUAGAUCAUUGCUUCACAAAAUGGUGCCUCAUCGUGUUGUCAUAGCAGUGUAAACUUAUUGUGAUGAUAAGAGGAAUGUGAAGCAAGUAGGGUAGCAAUGUAGGGAAAGAAAAUCUACUAAAGCAACAUGUUAUUAGUUCCAACAAUGUUUGGAAAAGAAACAAAAGGGAAGUCAAAGUAACUUCAAUAGGAUACAUGGCAAGAAUUUUUCUGAAUAAACUGGAUGAGAUUAAAAGACUUGACUCGCUCACUAUUUUCUUUUUCAUAAAGUUGUGAUCUAGCCACAUGGUCGGAAAAUUUCUGUUCACUAACACCAAACGGCUAGUGACCUGGAGAGAAUCUCAAGAAGGUUAAGGCCACAAACCACUAGAUCAUUGCUUCAUAGACUUGGGGCUUCAUCAUGUCACCAUGUCAAAAAAUGCAGUGGUAGGGUGUUACAGACCUGGAGUUCUGCCUUGAAGCUGCUCUUCACUGCUGCUGGAUUAGUGGUAUCAGGAUGUUUGUUGGAGAUUGUAAUGUGUUUGGGGAUGAAAUAGAUGCUGAAGAUGUGCUGCUGGGUUGGCUCUUCCUUGCUGCUGCAGUCUUGUUACUAGAAUAAUACUGGAACAAGAAAUCUGGAAUUUAUGUAUGGAAUGAUAAAUGUACUCAAAUAUCAUAACAAUAUUCGUAAAUUGAUGCUUAUGCUGAAAAGAUUUUCCAGAAUUACAAUAAAAGUUCUAUUGAUCUA